CACACUUAGCCAAGCGAAUUGCCACAAAUUGAGUCGUCGAGAUCGUUGCGAAGUUUUAAAUCUCGUGCCGCGCUCAAAGCAGCCAUCAGAUGAAAUUCUCAUCUCGCCGUGCAUUGACGCCACCAGUUGCUUCCCUGUAAAUCAAAAUACCAACACAUUUUUUGUACGAAAAAUCGGUUUUUAAAAUUUGUUGCAAAAAAAAAAACAAAAAAUUGGAAUACUUGUGUGAACUGUUCAGUGUGUUAAUUUGCAAGGAGUUUGUUGUUGCGAAAAAAAUCAUUCAUAUUUUGUGCUGUGAUAAAAAGUUGCCUUUGUUUUUGAAAACCUCUGUUCGAAAAAAAGUUUUACUUUAAAAUGUGGAAAUCAUUAUUCAUCUGCUUUGCUGUCUUUCAAGUAAUUUCAGCACAGAAAAGUGAUAUACCUGAAUAUAUUAAGCAAUGUCGUCGAGGUGACCCGCAAUUGCUGGAGUGUUUUAAAGGUUCUUUGGAGCAUUUGAGGCCAUAUUUGGCGCGCGGAAUUCCGGAGAUCGAGUUGCCAUCGGUGGAACCUUUUAAAAUGGACGCUCUAUCAUUGCAACUCACCGAUGGGCCGCAGGGCUAUAAAAUAACAUUGAAGAAUCUUGAGGUGUUGGGCGCCAGCAACUUUCAGGUGAAAUCGAUGAAGUUGAGUGAGGGCGAUGAACCCUUCAAGGCGCGCAUCGCGAUGCCAAAAUUGAAUAUUGAAGCGAAAUACACAAGUUCCGGUGUGCUGCUCAUCAUACCUGCCUCGGGUGGUGGUGAUUUCCACGCGACUUUUGAGGGUGUCAUCGCCGACAUUACCGGCAAGGUGUCGUCAAAUGAGAAAGCCGGUCGCUCAUAUCUUCAUGUGGACUCACUCAGUCUGGUGCUGAAUGUUAAGGAUGUCAACAUGAACAUAUCCGGGGCCUUUAAUAACAAUCGGAUUUUGCUUGAGGCCACAAAUCUGUUCCUGCGCGAGAAUUCCCGUGUUGUUUUGGAGGCUAUGCAAGCGCAGCUGCAAAAGAAAUUGGCACAAGAAUUCGGCAAAUUAGCAAAUCAGUUGUUGAAGAAUGUGCCUAAAGAUCUGUUCUAUGUGGAUUAGAGUUUGUGAUUUGCGAUCUCUGCAUUACCGGUGAUUCUAAGACAUAUGUAUAUAUGUACGGUAUAUAUACGGUAUAUAUACGGUAUGUAUACGAGUAUAUACAUACAUAUAUGCAUCAUAAAUUUCUAGUAUUAGUCGCCAUCGGAAUCUCGUCGUUUUUAGUUUUUAUUAAUUCCUAUGACACAAAAUACGGAAGCGUUAAUCAACUCAUCUGGUGUGAACACUAACAAAAUUAUUACGUUGUUCCAAAUAAUGCCAACAAUACUGCAGAGCUUUUAAAAAUUAGUUUCUUUAUAUUUGUCUAUGUACAUAAAUAAAUAAAUUAACUGUAAGUCUAGGUAGCUAUAAGAUUUAUGUAGUCUAGUUCAGCCUUUUUGUAUUACAAUAAAUUUUAUUGACAAAAUUAUUA